GAAGAGCACGGUCUUACAAUAGAUCAUGACUACUGCUCAGUCCCUGAGCCGUCUGCAUUGGACAUAUUUGCAUCAGCUGCAGAAGACCUGUCCAAAGACGUGGAGACUCUGAGGAAGGAAAUGCAGGAGUUACGUGUCCAGUGAGAAUUUGGGUUACAGCGCUUUGCUGGCUCCGACACUGACAUCCGAUUCUAUACCAGGUACACCUAAGCUCUAUUCAAGCUAACUGUUUAAAAUAUACCAAAGUCACCAUCAGUUAAAUUUCGAAAGUGUUUCCAGUCUUAAUGAAAACAAAAUAGAUAUUUACUUUUUCUCUGCUGAUUGUGUGUUUCAUGUAGAUGCUUUAGUAUUUAAACAAUAUGCUACAGGUAAAAUACAACACCAAAUAGACUCUUAAUCAGACUAUGUUAUACAGCAUACCAUUAGCAUAUUUGUCACAGUUUACAUUAUUUUUACGUCAGUGUGUAAUGUUAAUUAAUGAUUGACACGAUGUAUGUCUCUCUCAUGAAUAGAUUUCCAAGCUAUGAUCAUUUGAUGGCAUUUUGGUUUUUGAUUGAGCCUUGCAUCUAUAAAAUGAUCCGGGUUUCAAGAGCCAAGUCAGCUGCCAAUAGGAACGAGGAAGUGUUGACACCUGCACGCACAUCAACGAGGCAGCUGCUACAGCCAAUUGACGAGUUCUUUCUUUUCCUGGUUUUCCUGUCAGUUGAUUUGAAGGAGAGGGACCUGGCACACAGAUUUAACAUACACCAGUCCACAGUGAGCCGCAUUAUUGCAACAUGGACGAAUUUUCUUGCCACUGCACUGGGGUCUCAAUGCAUCUGGCUUACAUGUGCAGAAGUACAAGCUUACCUCCCUGAGGAAUUCAAAGAUUUCUCAGACACCCAGAUGAUCCUUGACUGUACAGAGCUGAGGUGUCAGACACCAUCCUCACCACUUCUCCAAAGUGAAAUGUACUCUUCGUACAAAUCCCACUGCACGAUGAAAGCCCUGGUUGGCAUAGCUCCACAUGGUCCAGUGACAUUCAUCUCUAAUCUGUAUGCUGGUUCGGUUAGUGACAAGGAACUAUUCAAACAAUCAGGCAUUGCUGAGAAGUUGACUGAAGACAUGGCAGUGAUGGUAGAUAAGGGCUUCCUAAUCACCGAUUGUUGUAAAUGCAAAGUGUACUGCCCACCUUUUCUAUCUAAGCAGAAGCAGAUGCCAGCAUACCAGGUUAAGGAGACGCAGGCCAUAGCCAGACUCAGGGUACAUGUGGAGCGAGUCAUUAGGAGGAUAAAACAGAACAAACUUUUUGAUAGCAUCAUUACCAUGUCACAUGUUUACAAUAUCAACCAACUGUUUGCAGUAGCAUGUAUGCUGUCAAAUUACCAGAACACAGCAUUAGUUAAAAAAUGGGUUAAGUGAAACAAGAUGGACUUUUCCCAAGACACCAGUGCCAGUACAACUUAUGGAAAAUGACCUGCAGCUGAGGCCACUACAGUUGCAUUUCUUCCUUCUCAGCUGACAAUACUUGAUUACAGAACUGGUACUUGAGUGCUGAUAGUUGAGUUCCAGUUAUUGAUCAUUCUAAUUCAUUGCAAAUGUUGAAUGUUAAUAAUACUGAUUAAUUAUACUACUAUAUUACUAUUCAGAUUCAACAAAAUUGUUUAUCAAAAUUAUAAAGUAAAUCACUAAAUCGUUUUAAAAUCAUAAGUGACAUAAUGCUUUUGUAACAUCCAAAAUACCAUUUGUCAUUUUCUUCCCUCAGUUGUGUUAUUGUCUAAAGUGGAGUGUUAAAUACUUACCAUGUAAAUAAGUUCUACAGAAAUUCAAUGUUUUAAUGUGUGUUUUUAAAAAAAAUGAAAUUGAUGCCAUUGCUUAAAUAACAGUUUAUUGAUUUCACAUAAAAGUAACAUGUAACAACAAGUAACAACAAAAGAAUUCAUGAAAUAUAUUGCAAAUAAAACAUCAGUUAUUUUGUUCCAGCCAGCCUGAAGGAUCUGUUUUCCUUUUUGCUAUGUUUUCA